AUGAAGCGCACUCUGAGUUCAUUGAGUUCGCAGAUCAACGAGAUGCGAGGAACGGUCUCGCCGAAAGAUAAUGACACCGUGGCGGUCAAGAGGCAAAAUUUGAGCUUAGAACGGUCAGCAUUCAAGAGACCCCAGGCAGCUGAAGAGUGGUGCGCAAAAUACGGACCUGUUCACUCCACUGAUCUUGUGCUGCACAAGCGAAAAUUGCGAGAUGUACGAGACCUCUUAGAGCCCAUGAUUCGAGGAGAAAGCUCUUGCAGAAUUUUACUGUUAACGGGCCCGGCAGGGUGCUCGAAGAGCAGCUGCAUAAAGCUUUUGGCAGAAGAAUUAGUGACACAAUACAGAUGGAAAUCGGCAAGUACGUUUUCCGUGUCCAGUAACAGCGGUGACCCCUGCUGUAUAGAAUAUGAUGGCAGCAACUUCCCUUUGGGUGUGUCGAAAGGGGAUCAUUUUGACCAGUUUCUUAUGGAGUCUCGAUAUCGGACGGGAUCUAAUCUCGCAGUGCUGCUGAUCGAAGAUCUACCAAAUAUAUUCAAUCUAAGCACGCGAACUCAAUUUCAGCAGUCUUUACUCCGGUGGCUUUGUAAUGGGGAACCACACCUACCGCCGUUAGUAAUAAGUCUCAGCGAAUGUGAGCUGCAAGCGGGUGAUAACAGUAACAAUACUUUUGGCAUCGAUACACAAUUUAUAGCAGAAACCGUACUGGGCUUUGAAGUUUUAGCGCACCCAGGGCUUCAGCGCAUAAAAUUCAAUCCGAUCAAUAAAACCCUGCUUAAAAAACACUUGAACGAUAUUAGUAUACGUGAGCAACAAUCUUUUACGCCCAGGAAGUGGGAACAUAGGGGUGAAUUCGUUUCUUCAGUUGUGGAACACUGUGGUGAUAUUCGAUCAGCUACUGGCGCCUUGCAAUUAUGGGCGACGUCGUCGCUCCCGAUUUUCUCAAAGAACCAUACACGAGAGCAAUCGAUCUCCCUUUUUCAGAGCCUAGGGCGAGUCAUGUAUGGGUCCAGCGAUAUAACUGACGAUAACCAAAUGGUUAACGAUUUGAUGUUGUCAAAUGGGCUCAACAUGAAUGACGUCUUCAAGCUUGGGUUGCUCGAAAAUUACUCAGCCUUCAACAAACACGACUUUCCAUUGAGGAGCGCCGCUGAAAUUACUGGCUCACUAAGCCUCAGUGAUACAAUGUCAGUGGAAUUCUCGGCAAAAAGCUUGGCCGAGGCAACAGAAUAUCCUUUGAGGGCCGUCAGAGAUACCUUCUCGCGUAACAAAAAAGAUGAGAGGUCAUCGCAUAACAAAUCCUACUUUCCCAGAGACUCUAAAGUACGGAAGAUGUGCCGAAAUUUUGAGGUCGACGUGGACAAGUUUUCUUAUACCACAAUGAAAAGAUACGGUUGUUGGUAUAGCUUUCGAAACGUUGCGCUAUACUUCAGUUAUUUUGCACCUUUCAUUAGAAAACGUCGAAAUUUCAAAAAAAAAUCGCUGCAGCAUUACAUUAGUUCUCUCGACUCUCCUUCUGAUAGAGAAGCACUCAUUGCCGCUAACUCUGAUAUAUUUGAAUGUGACGAGCAAGUGGACAUUCUGAGUCGCGUUGGAGGCGACUUGAGCUUGGUGACUGCCGGCCAGGAUGCUUUCGGAGAAAGGGACUUAAAAUCUAGAUACACGAGUUCAAAAACUCUUGUCCUCCAAAGGGUUGUUGCGCAGAAUUUCACGUUCAAUGAAGUGUCCACUGGUGAAUUAACUGAAGUUAACGUGGCUGAUGAACUCUUAGAUCCCAUCAUCAAUAGUGAUGAUGAAGAUGACGGCAUAAGCUUCGAGGACGAGGAUGAUGAUACUUUUUAUGACAUGUUGGCGUCACAAUCACCUCGCAAGCCUACUACAAACAGUACACGAAAUUGA